AAGAUUCAGCACACAAGCUCCAUUUUUGCUACAAGUCCCUCUCGGCUCUCUCUUGAAAAAGAGGAGGAAAAAAAAAAGACUCCACCUUUUUGGCUCAAUUUCCUCUCUCUCGGCUCUCUCCCUCAUCAGACAAGAGGAACAAAAAAAAAAAAGGGGCUCCUUCUACACAUUUUCUUCCACAAAAUCCAAACACAAAAAAGGGAAAAGGCAGCUAUCGGUCAAGGCUUGGAAAUUGCAUCAGAAACUUCAACCAAGGGAAUUGCCACCUACAUUGAGGGCAAUUUGACUCCAUUUAGUCACCACUUCAAAAGAGAGGUACCGUGCCAGACCCAGCAUACCCUUGAGUAAUCUAGCGCAUUACAGUGUACACACCACCUACGAUCUUAGGAGCACUUGGUUGACCGACUUGCUAAAGUCAAGUCUUCCAGACUACACGUUUUCCUUGCCGGUACAAGGAGUCUUUCUGUGAUCCUAGUACUACAUACAAUCCAAACAGUACUACCGGUAGCAUUUACGGAACCCAUCUGAAUUUCACGCUUAACACUCUAUCUUCGAAUGCUUCCCGGACAGACAACGACGGUUUCUACAAGAUUAGUACCGGCGACGACCCUUCUAACACGGUCUAUGGCCUCUUUCUCUGUCGAGGCGAUGUGAACACUGAUGUUUGUGAAGAAUGUGUAGCAAAUGCCAGCAUAAAAGUAUUUAAGGAUUGCCUGAAUCAAAAGGUUGCUUGGGUUUUGUAUGAUGAGUGCUUGUUAUAUUUUUCUAACCAGCCAAUCUUCCCCGACGUUGAUAGGCUUGAUUUCUUUUUGAUUAUGCGGAAUCCACACAACAUCUCUGAACCGGACCGGAACAACUUCAUAAUGGUAUUGGGAAAACUGGUCUAUAACGCUGUAGAUCAGGCAGCAAAUAGUACACGGGGCAAAAAGGUUGCAGUUCAAGAUGACGACUGUUCCUCGGGUAGAUUGUAUACCCUUGUGCAGUGCACACCAGAUCUAUCUGGUGAUGAAUGCAAAAAAUGCCUCAACAAAGCUAUUGGGCAGCUAGGUGUCGUGAAUAUCCCCAUCACAGGUAAUGUUACUAGAGGAGGAAGGAUAGUCUUUCCAAUCUGUAAUAUUAGGUACGAGCUCUACCGCUUCUAUAAUACGGUAUCCUCUCCACCAUCGCCUCCGCCGCCAAACUCUCCGGGGGGUCCUCCUCCCAGUUCCACCAAAGGCAAAGGGCGAAGCCUCUCACAAGCAGCUUUAAUUGCUAUCUCACUGAUUGGGGUUGCUAUUGUGCUAUUAAUCAUUGCUUUGGUUUUCCUGCAAAGAAGAUCGCGGAGGAGAUAUGUUGAGAUGGCCCUGAAACCAACUGAUGGAGUUGCUGAAAUCUCAAUGGCCGAAUCUUUACAGUAUAGCUUAACUGAAAUUCAAAUUGCCACAAAUAACUUCUCUGUGGAUAACAAAAUUGGCGAAGGUGGAUUUGGUCGUGUAUACAAGGGUGUACUUGGUAAUGGACAAGAAGUAGCUGUUAAGAGGCUAUCAAGGAGCUCAGGGCAAGGUGCAGAAGAAUUUAAAAAUGAAAUUCUAGUAGUCGCAAAGCUUCAACAUAGGAAUCUAGUUCGACUAUUGGGAUUUUGCUUGGAAGGAGAAGAAAAGAUACUCAUCUAUGAAUUUGUCCCCAACAAAAGCCUUGACUACUUCCUCUUUGAUCCAGAAAAUAAACGAUCGUUGAACUGGUCAAGACGUUACAAUAUCAUUGGAGGUAUAGCAAAAGGACUUCUUUAUCUGCAUGAGGAUUCUCGUCUAAGAAUUGUUCAUCGCGAUCUCAAAGUAAGCAAUAUAUUAUUGGAUGGAAAUAUGAGUCCAAAGAUAGCAGAUUUUGGCAUGGCAAAGAUUUGUGGAGUUGAUCAAUCUGAAGGAAACACAAAUAGAAUUGCUGGAACAUUCGGUUACAUGGCUCCUGAAUAUACGAGACGGGGCCAGUUUUCGAUAAAGUCAGAUGUAUUCAGUUUUGGGGUUGUUAUUUUAGAAAUUGUUACAGGCAAGAAGAAUAGUAGUUUCCAAAAAUCUGAAGAUUCUGAAGACCUCGUAAGUUAUGUUUGGAAGCAUUGGAGACGUGGCGAACCUUUAGCUCUUCUGGAUUCAAGUAUUGGAGAUUCUUUUGCCAAAAAUGAAGUCAUUCAAUGUGUCCAAUUAGGCUUACUAUGUGUUGAAGAAUGUGUCAGUAAAAGGCCUACAAUGGUUUCCGUGGUCAAUAUGCUCAAUAGUAGCUCUGUUACCCUACCAACUCCACAUCGUCCAGCAGUUUUCCGGAGCCAUGGAUCGGAAAGCAUUGUGGAAGAGCUGGAAGUUGAGCAAUCUAAUACCGAAAGAAUUUCAAUUCCAAGCUCUGUAAAUGAGGCAUCAAUUACUGAACCAUACCCCAGAUAGGGGAAGAAAUAGGCCAAUUCUGGUUGGGAAUAUUGAGUGCAUCACCAGCACCACAUUGUAGUGUUUGUUGCAUGACUUGUUUACCAGGAAGGUAUCUUUCUCCACUAGUGUUGUAAAUUAGCUUCUUCACCCUUGAGGAUUUAAGGAAGUGCUUGAAAGAAAAAUGCAAGUUGUUGUUGCACUAUAGAUUUUUUUUUUCUUAAAAAAAAUAGACAACAUGUCUUGAGCAAAGUUGGCUUUUAUCACUUAUAUAUAGCAAAGAUGGCUUCC